AUGGGUGAUGAGAGGGUCAUUGUGUAUGACCAGGAAGAAUCUCUAGCAGCCUUCAUAGGCCAUAUAUUUGAGGAGUCUCCAAUGUGUAUUCAUGGCUGGGGAUUCAAGCCACUGGAGGUCAUUCUUGAUGCAUAUCUUGACAUGAUUGAUGAAGGCAAAGUCACCCUGAUGUGCCCUAACCCUCCACACUGGCCUGGGGUUAUAAAGCCAUGGGUUCUCUAUCCAUAUACUAAAGUUGAUAUAGAUAAAGCCUUAUCUGCUAUGUAG